AAGUGAAACCACCUCCUAACAUCCGGGACUUGACGGUUAAACUGAUAAUCAGACGUGGAGUUUGACAAGCAGGCUGUUAGCAGAUAUUAGCACCAAUAACACGGAAUGAAAGAUGGUAUGGAUUACCGUUGCGACUCACGGACUUAUUUUUCUCUGACACCGGAAGCGCGGAGAUGUAUUUCGCUUUAGAAUAACGAUAUGACAUGUUUUUACCUCCGUGAGGACAGCCACAGCUCGUUCAUCGAUCGCCCGAGGGGGCAACAUUAGAUUAGCGACAAACCUGGUUUGAUCUGUCAGAAACGGAGCCACAGAAAUGCCUGACAACAUGUCACCUGUACCCGUCCUGCCGUUGGUGAUUAACUGCUUCCUGUCUGUGCUCGGCUGUAUGGCCACGUUAAAACUCAUUCCUGCUUUCAAAGACCAUUUCAUCUCAGCCAGACUGUACGGAAUGGACCUAAACAAGACGUCCAAGAAGGAAGUCCCAGAGUCCCAGGGAGUCAUCAGUGGGACGGUCUUCCUCAUCAUCCUCUUCUGCUUCAUCCCAGUGCCUUUCCUUAGCUGCUUUGUAGGAGAUCAGUGCAUGGGCUUCCCACAUGAUGAGUUCGUCCAGCUGAUCGGUGCUCUUCUGGCCAUCUGUUGCAUGAUCUUCCUGGGCUUUGCGGAUGAUGUGCUGAACCUGCGGUGGAGACACAAGCUCCUGCUUCCCACCAUGGCUUCCCUGCCGCUGCUCAUGGUCUAUUUUACCAACUUCGGCAACACGGUCAUCGUGGUGCCAAAGCCCUUCAGAGCCCUGCUUGGGCUGCACUUGGAUUUGGGUAUUCUUUACUACGUCUACAUGGGAAUGCUUGCAGUGUUCUGCACAAAUGCCAUCAACAUCCUAGCAGGCAUCAAUGGCAUUGAGUCGGGUCAAGCCCUGUUUAUCUCCGGAUCCAUCAUCAUCUUCAACCUGCUGGAGCUCAGCGGAGAUUACCGUGACGACCAUGUUUUCUCCCUCUACUUCAUGAUACCAUUCUUCUUCACCACAUUAGCACUUUUUUACCACAACUGGUACCCUUCAUCUGUGUUCGUUGGAGACACUUUCUGCUACUUUGCCGGGAUGACCUUCGCUGUCGUCGGCAUCCUGGGACACUUCAGCAAAACAAUGCUGCUGUUCUUCAUUCCUCAAGUGGUUAACUUUGUCUACUCCUUGCCUCAGCUUUUUCACAUCAUCCCCUGUCCCCGACACCGGCUCCCCAGGCUGAAUCCAGACACAGGCAAACUGGGGAUGAGCUACUCUAAAUUCAAAAGAAAGGACCUCUCAAAAUUAGGACACCUCAUUCUGAAGGUGGCAGAGUUAUUAAAGCUACUAGAAGUGCGAAGAGGCCAGGAGGGAGAUGAUGAUUUUAUUGAGUGCAACAACAUGACCUUAAUAAAUCUGGCACUGAAAUUACUCGGUCCCACCCAUGAGAGAAACCUCACAGUCAUCAUGCUCAUCAUACAGGUGAUGGGCAGCGCAGUGGCUUUUGGGAUACGUUAUCAUCUGGUGCGCCUCUUUUACGACGUCUAGACAGCUCUGCCAGAAAGAGGAGGGAAUGCCGAUGGAGAAAAUAUGAUGUUGUUGUGGAACUAUUUUACAGGCUCAAUGGUUCGUCUGCCUUUUUAAUAGAUUCCAUUACCUCACUGUUACUUUUCUGCCUCAGACUGUACCUGCAGUGCUGACCCGGUGCAACGUUCAAAGCUACAUUUCAUUUCUUAAAACAUGUUCACAUACAGUGUACAAGCAUAAACUGCUCAGGGUCUGACAUCAAGAGCAGUUCUGUAUGUUAUUCCCACAAAGUUUCAGUGAUUACAAGCAGGAGGAAGUAACUGGGUUUUAAUGAUCUCGUGUGUCCACCGUGAAAGUAUAUUUUUGUACUUGGUUUUUUAAAGGAAAGUACAGUAAGUGGGGAUGACCGAAAGUCACCCAUGGCUGCCUGCUACUAAAUUACUACCAUUUGAUAACAGAUUUAUAGAUGCAGAAGUUCUCUAAAAAUGAUAAAAACAUUCAAACAGCAGUUCAUUGCUUGAAUCUGCAGUUGGAAAAUGUUUUCAUUCACACUUCAUUUUCCACGACUUAUCAAUCCAUGCAACAUUAAUAUAUGAAUUUAUAAGUUAAUGUAAUUUUUUUUUUUUUUUUUUUUUUUUUAA